AUGUUGCGUUGUUCUGUUCUAGUUCUGUGCAUGGUGGUAGCCGCCAAACUUCAAAAUGAUCCUGCGGGACAACAGAUUUUAAUUUUUAAGGAAAACACGAAGGGACCUAUUGGCGUCAUGACAACCAGUGCUGGUGCGCCUAUAGAAUACAAAGACGCAAGAGUUACUCUCAAUUCCAGACUAAUACUUAACGAAUAUUUCAUGGACUCUCUAACUCAUCUCAAUCGGGAAAGAAUACCCGAGCGUGUAGUUCACGCGAAAGCGGGAGGUGCAUUUGGGUACUUUGAAGUAACACACGACAUAACACACAUUUGCAAAGCAAAAUUAUUUGCUAAUGUAGGAAAAAGAACGCCUGUUGCAGCACGCUUUUCGCCUGUUGUGGUAGAAAGAGGAGGAAUAGAUACAUCAAGGGAUGCUAGAGGAUUUGCUGUUAAAUUCUAUACAGAAGAAGGUAAUUUCGAUAUUGUAGGUUUUAAUACACCUAUGUACGUGUAUAAGGAUCCGCUACUCUUCCCUACCUUUGUAAGAGCUCAAAAACGAAAUCCGGCUACAAAUUUGUUCGAUGGUAACACUUUUUGGGACUUCCUAACUUUACAACCGGAGAGCUUACACAUGUUUCUUUUAAUAUUCGGGGAUCGGGGUAUUCCUGAUGGGUACCGUCAUAUGCCAGGCUUUGGUAUACAUACUUUUGAAGUUGUUAACAAACAUGGAGAAAAAAGCUUCGUCAGAUUUCAUUUUACGCCGACAGCUGGCAUUAAAAAUCUUAGAUCGGAAGAAGCACGAAAAAUAGCAGCUGUUGAUCCUGAUUAUGCUACUAGAGAUUUAUACAGAGCCAUUGGAAACGGGAAUUUUCCUAGUUGGAAAGUUAGUAUACAAGUAUUAUCAUUAAAUGAUGUUAAAAUUGCGGGAUUCGAUGUGUUUGAUGUGACUAAAGUCUUACCGUUGGAUGACUACCCUCUGAUACCCGUAGGGGUCUUCGUGCUUAAUAAUAACCCAAUCAACUAUUUUGCAGAAAUAGAGCAAUUAGCUUUUAGCCCUGCAAAUCUAGUGCCCGGAAUUUCGGGAGGACCUGACAAAGUUUUCGAAGCUCGCCGCUUAGCUUACCGUGAUGCUCAAUACUACCGCUUAGGGGCAAAUUUCAAUAAAAUACCCGUAAAUUGUCCUAUUCAAGUUAAAGUGAUGGCCUACAACCGUGAUGGCAAACCUCCAGUAGAAGAUAAUGGAAAAGAUACUCCGAAUUAUUAUCCUAAUUCUUUUAAUGGAGCUGAACCUUACCAUGAUAAGAAAAGAACUGAGUUAAUUGAAAUAUUCCAAGAUGAACUAAACAAUUUCCAGCAAGCUACAGAAUUGUAUGUAAACGAGAUGACGAAAGACGAACGCAGCCGACUUGUUCAAAAUCUUUUAUACAGCUUGGGAGGAGUGGCCAAAUUUUUACAAGAUAGAGCCGUGAAAUUAUUUACCAUCAUACACCCUGAUUUAGGUAACCGAAUCGCUGAGGGUUUAGCGGCAAAUAGAACUAACUAUUUCAAUGGUUAUGAAGAUAGGUUGUUUAAUUAUAAUUAUAAAUAA